AUAUAAGGUCUGCAGGUCUGCAAAAUUAUCACCUGACAAGACGAACGGGACAUUCGCACGGUAAAUUUGUUGGUUCUCGGAGCACCCAACUUCUCUACCUGCAGCAGAGCGAGGUUGGCAUUCGGAGCUUCCCAGAGGCUACUUCACCGUAGGGGUCUAAGCGUCGUCGUUUGCCUUGCUGUCGAUGACGGCCUGAGAGAGAAGCAAAAGGAGUUGGUCUCUAGCGUUGUCUUCGCCGUCGAGGAUAGGCCUGGUGUGGGCGAUAUACAGCACAAGAGGAGGAAGUUUCCCAAGAACCGAACAUAAAUUUUUUAAAAAUGGCAGUUUCUUCUUUCUCUCUCGGCUUUUUCUCAAAAACCCGCAAACCUUCUCUUCCCAAGACCCUAAUUUUCACUCCCCCGACUGUCUCAACCAAUUCCCACCUCAAAUUCAACCCCAUUUUCAGACCCUCCACUCUCACCCUCUUCCUCCCAAUCCAGAAACCCAAUAACAAAACCCACUUCAAGUCCCAUAUCUGCUGCCUCUUCACCGGCAUUGUCGAAGAAAUGGGCGAAAUCAAGCAGCUGGGUAUCGCCGAACACGGCGGAUUUGACAUGAGAAUCGGCGCAAAGACCGUUCUUGAAGGCGUAAACCUCGGCGAUAGCAUUGCCGUCAACGGUACGUGCCUUACGGUGACAGAAUUCGAUACCCAAUUGUCUGAAUUCACGGUCGGUUUGUCACCCGAAACGCUGCGAAAGACAUCGUUGGUAGAGCUCGAACCGGGCUCGGUGGUGAACUUGGAGCGGGCGGUGCAGCCCACGAGCCGAAUGGGUGGGCAUUUCGUGCAGGGACAUGUGGAUGGGACGGGGGAGAUAGUGGCCAAGGAGCCUGAGGGGGAUUCCUUGUGGGUUAAGGUAAAGGCAGGGAAAGAUUUGUUGAGGUAUAUAGUGCCAAAAGGGUUUAUAGCGGUGGAUGGGACUAGUUUGACGGUGGUGGAUGUGUUUGAUGAGGAGGAGUGCUUUAAUUUCAUGUUGGUGGCUUAUACUCAGCAGAAUGUGGUGAUUCCUUCAAAGAAAGUUGGGCAGAAGGUGAACUUGGAGGUGGAUAUAUUGGGGAAGUAUGUGGAGAGGCUGCUUAGUAGUGGGUUUGUUGACUCUAUUAAAUCUUCAUGACAAAAGCGUUCUGCAUUCUUCAACUCAUCAAGAAGACAACUCGGAUUGGAAAAUUUGCGAAGAACAGUUAUUUUUUAUUUGAAAAAGUACUCUCAUGCGACACUAAAGGAUUGAGAUCCGGUGUACUUGCUUGCCUGCCCAGAUUGCUUGCAAUCCGGGUAUGCGAGUGUGAGAGAACUCCUAUAGCUUCCACCUACCCGGGCGGGGCGGAGAAAACUCUAUGGGAAAGCCAGAUUGGAAGGAACUAUAUUUAAGUAGAGUGGUUAUCCACCCUUCAUAACCAAUGAAAUAAUAAGAUUAGGAGAGUAGCAGAGAUCAUUAGCAAAGUGGAUUGUGUAGCAGCUAUAUUCACCCUGUUACUCGGCUGAGUCUUCUCAUCGGCUUCCUCCUUUACAUUGGUACAAUUAAGACCAGGCUUUCCUUCGCUACACAUGUUGGCAAGCAGGCCUGGCGGGUAACCCCCAUAGAGAUUCAUGUAGCUGAACAUGAUUGCGGCGCAAUCAGCUGUCAUGUCAUUAAUAGCAUCUGCAUAAGUGCAAGCAAAGUCCUUCAAAGCAUUACAACAAGCUAGUGGUGGGAAUCUGGGUCCUUUGCACCGGCUUGUGAGGAUUGUAUAGUUCUUUGACUCAAAGUCUACACUGCAUGCUGCAC